UUCACACUAUAGUGAUCCUUAACCGAUUGCAUCUUUCCAUUUCAAGAAGAACUAUAAUCCUCUACUUGUGGAAUAAUGCGCCGUCAAACCUAGUUCACUUGCAGAGCUGCAAACACAUGGAAACAAACCACUAAAAACCUUUCAUCAAUGGACACUGCAACAGAUUCCAUUAGCAGUCUUUGUCCAUUCAUUCAUCUGGUAGUCUUUGGGCUCCAAACACAAGACAACCAACAUAAUUAUUUUCUAACCAUCCUUUUAACAUGAUUUAUUUCAGUACCCACGACCCAAACGCCGAGAUGAACACAUGCAUACGCAGCCUCGGACGACAGUUUUUAUGAAGGCUGGAAUCUAUCCACUGUGAGGAGCAAGAAAGGCAAUAGAGUGAGCGAGAAGUAAAGCAAUGAUUGUAUGAAACAUAUGGAAAAACAGAGUUUUUGGAGGUCUCUUGACCACCAAACACCACCCCAGAAAUAGCACGGCAAAACGCGACCGCUACCCUCCCGGAAUCCACCCCUGAUGCCACUAUAACUUCAAAACGGAAUGGCAACCUCAACUUUACCAACUUUAGGAUAGGUCCAGCAGAACCCAUUUUGCUCGCCUUUUACCAGCACAACAUCAUCCCCUGAAAAAGCAGGCUCCGGCUCCUCCCGAAUUUCAGUUUCCGGAUUCGCCUUCAUUUCCUGCACACAGACAUGAACGGACUCAGAAAAUUGAAGAAGGGGAUCAGCGGCAAGCGAGGCGACCCCCACGUCGCCCAACACGGCCAAACUCCAUAUGAUGAAUGGGAGGAGCAACAACGAUAUUAUUCGCCUUCACCCCCUUCACCGCGGGCGCCACCGGUGAGCCCCACGGGGUCGCCAAAGACCCCAGGAGGGAGCCAGAAGAAGCCAGUGCUGGGCAAGGUAAAGAGCAAGGCUAAGAAAUGGAUGCACCUUCUGCAUCACAAAAAGAAGCAUCCCUCGCACGAUGAGAUGAUGAUGUGGACACCACGUAUCGGGCCCAGCUCGGAUGACACCUACGGCAGGGGGGGACAAUACGAUGAUGAUGAGCGCCUUGGAACCCCAAGCACGGCACUACACCCAUCUUCAUUUGCUGAGUCGGAGUUCGAACCUGAGGUCUACGUGCAAGCAUCAUCAAGGCAGAACACGCCAGCCCCGAGCCCCACCGCUUGCCAGGAACAACCAUUCUUCAAGGUCAGCAGCAGGUUCGAGUCAGAAAUGAAGGAAGCCAAUGAAAUGCUGAUGGAAUCAAAGAAGCUGCGGGUCAAAACAUCCAAGCAGAAGACCGUGACAUUUGCACCGAUACUAGAAUACAGGCCAGAAAUCGAAAACAAAGUCUACAGCAACAAGGAAUGCCCUGAAUCGACAACCGAGAUAUUCAGAAAGGCAUGUGCUACAGUAUUCCAGGCUGCCCUCAAGAUGGUCUCUAGAAUCCAAGAUACAAUGGUAGCAUACAAUAUCGACAAAAGGCACAUGGUAGAGAUAUUAGUAUCAGUUAAUAGAUACCUUCUGCUCAAACUGGAGCCUAGUCCAGAUGACGAAGCACUUGCGGAAGUUAUCACUGAGGCUGCCCUAAAUCUGUUAGACGCGUGGACUGAGAAUGUUGAAAGGCCUUUGAUGCAGAGGGCAAAGAAAAUCUCUUCUUGGUUCCUGCAAGAAGGGAGAGUAGAAUUUCCUCCUGUUUCGCUGUCUACACGUCCUUGUGCUGCAGAAGGUAAGCCACUAUUGUGCAAGGACAAUCCUAUCUGCAAAAAUAUGUUACUGAACACUAUAUUAGCUAACUGGAAACUUAUGACAUGCAGAUGCAGAAGAGUUCUAUUAAUUAGAGGAUUAACUACUGCUUGAAGCAAGAGAUGAACACAGUGACACGGCAUCAGUAGAGAGUUAUUCACCUUACAGUAUAUAGAUGCUGGAGGCGAAGACCAAGAGCAUGCCCCGAGUAAUACUUUGUUCGUAGAAUUGAUAGUAAAAACAUCUUGUGUGUUGUAAAAUGAAACCAAAGGAGGUUUCUUUACCUUUGUACAGGAGAGUAAAGUAAAGGACUACAAUCUUGAUCAAGUUCCUCUUCAGAUAAACCCCAGCACUAUGAU